CAAAUAGACAGGUAUCAUGCUAAAUAUUCUGAUGCCAAUUCAGGAAAGUAAUUAUUUUUGAAGUUUUAAUAGCGGUGUGGCAAAAAUAGAAACUACGACUUUUGCGCUUUUGUUUUGUCUGCGUUUUCCAAUUUCCUGCCCUUGUUUUUUGUAUUACUCAUUUCCAUGUUUAUUGAUUAAAUAUUGUCUACUAAGGAAUAUGGGUAGUUUAUAUCUUGUAUUUAUACUUUUUCAGGCUGGCUAAUUUUAAAAGUAGUAAAUCAGUUUCUGGCCUCUGAUUGCUGCAUUUUAGGUUUAUUCAUUAUCAUGUUGUUAGCUCAGAGGGAGUGAGGAUGGUUUCUGAUGGGCUCUGCUGGGCGGGGCUUCCCUCCUGCUUGGCUGGGCUUCCCUCCUGCUGGGCUGGGCUUCCCUCCUGCUGGGCGGGGCUUCCCUCCUCCUGGGCAGGGCUUCCCUCCUGCUGGGCUGGGCUUCCCUCCUGUUGGGCUGGGCUUCCCUCCUGCUGGGCGGGGCUUCCCUCCUGCUGGACUGGGCUUCCCUCCUGCUGGUCUGGGCUUCCCUCCUGCUGGACUGGGCUUCCCUCCUGCUGGGCGGGGCUUCCCUCCUGUGAGGCGGGGCUUCUUGUCUCCUGGGUGGGGCUUCCCUCUUGCUGGGCAGGGCUUCCCUCCUGCUGAGCGGGGGCUCCCUCCUGCUGGGCGAGGCUUUCUGCCUGUUGGGCUGGGGGUUCCUUAUCCGUGGCCAGAGGCAGCUCCAGGGGACCCUCGGUGGAAUUCUGAAUCUGCUUGUUGCCAGUGAGGGAGACCUUCAGUGGGUGGAGCGCCAUGGAGCAGCCCACAACCUUCAGGGAUGUGCUAUUCUCCUCAGUCUUGGCAGGCCGGGGUGGGCGGGGUCUGGAGGCCAGCAUAGGGCGGUGUCUGCACCUCUGUGGGCCCUGGAAUGCCAGGAACCUCUCCGCAGGGGUGAGCGGGACCACCUUGUUCUGCAGCCACUGGAAAGCCCUGAUCUUCUGUGUGACUACAUCCUUCAUUUCCUGGUUGACCCUCUUCACCUCCACCAUGGGGAAUAGUAAUGAUUUUUUCCCUCCCUGCAAGUUGCUAGGUGCCUGAUUAUUCAUCCUCAGUAGGUUUUUGCGCAAGGCAUGUGUGUACUGAUCACACUGGAAUUAAUAAAAAUAUUCCAGUAUUAAAAAAGUGCCAUUAUGACAAAAUGAUGUUGCUGCUCCAUUCCUGUUGCUGCACUGAGUUGUGCAGCAUUUUAUUUUAUUAUCAAGUCAGGUCGCAAUGGAGCAUUAUAUAAUAAUUUGGCCCAUUGUGAUGUUUUGUGUCAGAAUAACACAUUAUGACAUCACAACAGGUUGACGUGUUCUUUUGCUGCAAAAUUCCAUAUUCCUGACUGUUGCUCAGCAGCCAAGCCCAUCCAUGUAUUUUUUUUAAUAAAGUAUUUUAUAAUACAAAGAGAGGGUGAAAAACUGCUUCAAAUGCAUUUUAAAUGUAUGCAUUUUGCAUAAAAUAUUCAGUUUCCAACUGUAUUUUAUGAUUGAAGAUUGUUUUUUAAAUAAUACUUUUUUAAUUACAGAUAUUGAUUACUGGAUUAAGGUAACACUGUCUGAAAAUGGUAAUGGUAAUUUAAUAUCGUUUCACCCUUUUAAGACAGGAUGCAUGAAAGAGUUGGUAAUGUGCAUGAAUGGUAACAUGUUAACAUUUUCUUCUCACAGUUUCCUUUUCACUGUGACCUUUUUAAAUAUGAUUUGAAUGUUCAUUAUGGCUAUGGUAUGAUUCAGAGACUUAGUAACCAUACAGAUCUUAAAGUAAAGUUAAAGUCUAAAACAUCUAUAGACAACUAGAAUUAUAAGUAGGGUGUUUUUUUAACUGUCAAACCACUGGGCUUAAGCCUACGUCAGCUACCAUUAAGCAACUUUGCAGUAUUUGUGAUCAACCACUGCGCUGUGAGUUUAAAACUACUGUUUGUAAACAUUUACCAUUGACAACCAGAAUUAAUGAAAAAUGCAUUUUAUAUUUUUGGAGCCUGCCCUGGUCAGAUUAGGGAGUGAAACAAACAACUGAGGCAAUAAUAGCAUUUGCAUUUUGUAAUAUAAAUUUUGAUGGCUAUUAACUUUCCAGCAAUUUAGAAGGUCUUGGGAGGAGAGCUUUAGUAACUUCACAGAGUAACUUCCUUAGUCACUCUGUAAACAUCAGCCAUUCUACAUUUAGAGCAUCUCAAAAGGGGUGUUGCAGUUUGUGCAAAUGCUUUUCUUCAGUGUGAUUGGCUGUACCACAAUUUAGCCACCCAUAUGUUAUGUUGAUCUGGCUAGAGUCCCUGCCUCCAGUCAAACCAUGAUUCGCCAGAAGGAGUAACUCAUUUAAAAAGCAACCAGUUUAAGAAACCACAUUCCCCAGAAUUUUAUCAGACCGUCUCAGAAUGGCAGCCUCGUCAUAAAUUAUUGAGCCUGACAAUCUAAGCUCCUAAGCAUGCUCCUUUUAACUCGUUCAGCCCUCCAACUUGUAAUUUAUGCUUAAUGGCCAGGGCAGCUUUUAAUAGUUCUUUACAGUUUCUUUACUCAUUAAUACAUUUUUACAUAUGUAUGCAUGUAUGAAACAAUCAAUGCAAUUAAAUCUUGUAAAGAUGAGUGUGCCCUGUCACACCGUCGGCACUGAUAUUCAUAAUUUUUUAGCCUGGUAAUAUAUGCAUGUACAUGUCUCUCUGAGACUUCUCCAGUAGCACACUCAUUUACCCGGUUACACCACCUUUCUGUUUUUUUUUUCCCACUGUUCAUCCAGCAUGCAGCCGAGAGAGAGUAGCUGGAGCAGGAAGGAGGGGCUGAGCGCUAACUCCUCCCAGUUCACACUGGAUGGUGCGGCUUUCCGCAUCCUGGGUGGCUCCGCCCACUACUUCCGCAUCCCCAGAGCACACUGGAAGGACCGCCUCCUGAAGAUGAAGGCCUGCGGGCUCAACACUCUCACCACGUAUGUGCCUUGGAACCUGCAUGAGCCAUGGAGAGGAAAGUUUGAUUUCCAGAACCAGUUGGACUUAGAAGCCUACAUCCGUCUGGCUGAGGAGGUGGGACUUUGGGUGAUUCUGCGUCCGGGACCCUACAUCUGCUCAGAAUGGGACCUUGGAGGGCUGCCCAGCUGGCUUCUGCGUGACAAAAACAUGAAACUGCGGACGACUUACCCAGGAUUCACUGAGGCUGUCAACUCAUUUUUUGACGAGCUCAUUCCAAGAGUUACGCCUUUGCAGUACAUGAGAGGAGGCCCCAUCAUAGCAGUUCAAGUGGAGAAUGAAUACGGCUCGUAUGCGAAGGACAACCACUACAUGGGCUUCAUCAAAGAGGCUCUGCUGUCCAGGGGGAUCAGAGAACUUCUUAUGACAUCAGACAAUCGUGAGGGGUUAAAGUGUGGGGGCGUGGCUGGAGCCCUGAAGACCAUCAACUUGCAAAGCCUGACACCUGGAGUAGUAAACUAUCUGGGUCACAUGCAGGAUGGGAAGCCUAAGAUGGUUAUGGAAUACUGGUGCGGAUGGUUUGAUGUCUGGGGUGACCCUCACCAUGUGUUUCAUGCCGAGGACAUGGUCCCCGUGGUGACGGAGAUUCUGAAACAGGGCAUGUCCAUCAACCUGUACAUGUUCCACGGAGGGACGAAUUUUGGGUUCAUGAACGGAGCCGUGGACCUGGGCACAUACAAGCCCCAGGUUAGCAGCUACGAUUACGACGCGCCCUUAUCUGAAGCCGGGGAAUACACCCUGAAAUGCCACCGUCUGAGGGAAUUAUUCAGUCACUACCACAGUGAGACACUGCCUGAGCAACCUGCUCUCCAGGGGCGGAAAGUGUACGAAGCGGUCGUCAUCGACCAGUACCUGUCCUUAUGGGAGGCCCUGAAGUUCACUGAUGAGCCUUUUAUAUCAGCGACGCCGGUCAAUAUGGAGAACCUUCCGGUGAACAACGGCAAUGGCCAGUCCUAUGGGUACACCCUGUACGAGACCACGGUCACCAGCGGAGGGGCUCUGAACUCCAGGAACAAAGUCCGCGACCGCGCCCUGGUGUUUGUGGACCGAGUUUACAUCGGGGUUCUCAACUAUAAGACUGUGGAACUUGCAGUGCCUGAUGGGAAGGGAGAGCAAAAGCUGAGUUUACUGGUGGAGAACUGUGGAAGGGUGAACUAUGGGAAUGCUCUGGAUGAGCAACGUAAAGGUCUUGUGGGACAAAUUGCAUUGAAUAAUACCCCACUGAAAAACUUUACCAUCUACAGUCUGGAUAUGAAGCCAAAUUUCAUAGAUGGAUUGCACAGAAAGCAUUGGAAUAUCCUUCCAGAAAAGCUCACCUACCCUGGAUUCUUCCAGGGCCAGCUGAAGGUGGAUGGCAAUCCCACAGACACCUUCCUGAAGCUUCCAGGCUGGGGUAAAGGAGUGGUGUUUAUUAAUGGGCAAAAUCUUGGACGCCACUGGUCAAUAGGACCCCAACAAACCCUCUACUUACCAGCACCCUGGCUUCACAGCGGCAUGAAUCAGGUUAUUGUGUUUGAGGAACGGGAAUCCGGUGACAGAAUCCAGUUCUCUGACUCUCCUGAACUGGGGAAGACCAUCAGUGUGUACAGACCUCAUUUAUGCAAUGUAUUGUAAGUGAAAAAUGCAUUAUGAAAUGAAGGCUGUAUAUUUAGGCCACAGCCACACACUCCUGCUUUAUUGCUUCAGUACAACUACACUCUCAGAACUGGAGGACAAGGAUAAAGUGGAUUUCUUUGGAUGGCGAUACACUCGAUCAAGUGAUUGUGUGCCUGACUACACUACCUGUCUGAAGAAAUCUCUGGGGCCAGGGCUGAGAAGCCAUGCAGGCACGGUGACCAUACAGCACCAGGCUACAGUCACUGUGGUCCUACGACACCAGGCUACAGUCACUGUGGUCCUACGUCAUCAGGCUAUAGUCACUGUGGUCCAUGUGCUUACAAACUGUCCGAAUAAGUCACUGUAAAUUAUUAUUAUGGACAACAGUGCAGUAUAAUGUAACACAAGGGUUGCAAAUUCAGUUCUCAGGAGGGACACUCGUUGUACCCUUGAGCAAGGUACUUAACUUAUAAAUUUAUACUUAACAGCAUAUAUCCAGCUGUAUGAAUGGAUACUAUGUAAAAAAAAUAGUGCUCUGGCUGAGAGCAUCUGCUAUAUGCUAGUCUUGCAAUGUAUUUUUCAAAGUACUAUAUUGUUUCAGUUCUAACUACAUUAGAUAAAUAAAAUAUCCAUAAGA